AUGUUAUUGUCAAAAUUGAAGCAACAAAUAGUAUCGUAUGCAAAUAUCAAUACAGAAGUUGCCUGUGAAGAAAAUCCUUUUGUUGUUGCAGUUGUGACGCCUAUUAUAAAAAGAUCUCUCAGCUUACCAACAUCUCAGGAGAUCACUUUUUUUGAUUCUAUAAGUUCCUGUGAUUCAGAAAGCCAUUCUGUGAUGUUCAUGCUUGCAUCCUGUGCUGCGGGAGCAGUUCUUGUGGAAAUCUUCAUUGCAAAAGGUCAGACAGAAGAUUCAUACAAACAAGGCUUUACCUUAGUUCUGAAUAUUUUAAAAGAAUUGGUUUUCCAUCGUCAUACAACUUUCAUUACUGCUGAUUUAAAUAUUGAAGUUUCUGCUUUAAAGAAAAUUUGGCCUGAAAGUCAGCAUUACCUUUGUAUUUUUCAUGUAGGGCAGGCUCUUUGGAGAUGGCUUUGGGAUUCUAAAAAUGGAAUCCCAAAUAAUUAUAGGAGACAACUCGUGUCUCAGUUUCAAAAAAUAAUGUAUGCUGAGACACCAACUUGAGCAGAACAAAAACAUAUUUUAAUGUAAUGUAAGCUACAUUGGCCUUUAUAUUCCAAUUUUUGCAUUAUUGAAAAGUGGGUGUGGUUCUUAAAAAUCCUUCGAAUGAUUUAUUCAAUUAAAAAGUUUAAAUUUAUCACAAUAUUUAUUUGUAUAUAUCUUCUACUUGGAAUGAAAAAUUUCUUUCUUUUUUCUGUGUAUAGAUACUGUCAGCGAUGAAAAAAAAUGUAUAUUGAUUUAAUAUCUAAGUUGCUGAAAAUAUUUCUAGAAUUUAUUAAGAGAUUGAAAAGCUCUUUAUCUCUCUUCUCACAUUAUAUAUUUUGUUGAUAAACUUAAUGUUGUGCAUAUGGUUGAAAAGUUGCUUCUGGUCAUUUGCUGUGAAGUUGUAUGUUAGUCUUCAUAGAAUUUUUUUUUAAUGUGAUAUCAUUGUUUAU